CCGCCGCUGCUGCUGCGUGUGAGCGCGGCCCGUUAGCGGAGCCUCCCGCCCGGCCCGGCCCGGCGGCGUAGGACACCUUCGGCAGGGAAGAUCACACAUUCCUCUUGAGAGACGUAACCCUCUGGAUCUGGUCACCACUUGCAUUUCAGAGUCAGAAGAGACUGAAGAAAAACCGGAGCCAAACCUGGCAUCGAGCCUCGUAACAGAGAUUAAGAAAGAAAGAAAACAGUUCAGAAAACCCAGCAUCUAACAGCCUGUGAUUGCGAUAUUGCACAUACAUAGUCUCUGUCAGCGAAAGGGAGGAGGGGCAUUUUGUCACCUCUUCUCACAGAGUUAAAAGGACCUUAGAGGCCACCUGGCCCAAUUCCCUCAUUUUACAGAUGAGGGGUCAAGAGACUUGCCCAGGGUCACACAGCUGGUGGAACUGAUGAGAAUAAUGUUUAACAUCAACCCCUUGGAGAACCUGAAGGCUCAUAUCAGCAGCCGCCCUCCACUUGUCGUCUUUAUGGUCAGCGUGAGUGCCAUGGCCAUCGCUUUCUUGACCCUCGGCUAUUUCUUUAAAAUAAAGGAGAUCAAGUCACCAGAAAUGGCAGAGGACUGGAACACUUUCCUCCUGAGGUUUAAUGACUUGGACUUGUGCGUUUCGGAGAAUGAAACCUUAAAGCAUCUUCUGAACGACACCGCCACCUCAGAGACUGCAGUGACCAGUGGCCAGGCCCGGUCAGCCACCCAGGCACCACAGGCCCUCGAGGACUCUGGCCCCACGAACGUUUCUGUCGCCAUCACUCUGACCUUGGACCCACUGAAGCCUUUUGGAGGAUAUUCCCGCAACGUCACACACCUGUAUUCCACCAUUUUGGGCCACCAGAUUGGGCUUUCAGACUCUUUCCUUUUCCCAGGUAGAGAAGCCCACGAGGAGAUCAAUAUUACUUUUACCCUGCCUGCGGCCUGGAACUCCGACGACUGCGUUCUCCAUGGUCACUGUGAGCAGGUGGUCUUCACCGCCUGUAUGACCGUCACGGCCGCCACCAACGUGUUUCCUGUUACUGUACAACCGCCACAUUGCAUUCCCGAGACCUACAGCAAUGCCACCCUUUGGUACAAAGUCUUCACCACCGCCAGGGACGCAAAUACGAAAUACGCACAAGAUUAUAAUCCUUUCUGGUGUUACAAAGGCGCCAUCGGGAAGGUCUACCACACUUUAAAUCCUAAGCUCACCGUCAUCGUGCCAGACGAUGAUCGGUCCUUGAUAAACCUGCAUCUCAUGCAUACCAGCUACUUCCUCUUUGUGAUGGUGAUUACGAUGUUCUGCUAUGCCGUCAUCAAGGGCAGACCUAGCAAACUUCGACAGAGCAAUUCAGAAUUCUGCCCAGAAAAGGUGGCUUUGGCUGAAGCCUAGUCCUGUGACUUCCCUUUUCUGUGAGUGACCGAAAGAACCACAGUCGUUGCCUGCUGAGCCCGGCCUGUAUGUGGACACUCCGUUGAAUAUAUUAUCUGGCGAUGUUGGGUUAGUCCAACCAAAGACGUUUCAAGUGCCUGUUCAUUGAUUUGUACAUAUUUAUAAAAGAAAAAAUAUAUUCAGAAACUGGUCAGAUGAUGCACUCGCUGCGCACCAGGGUGUAACCAGAACCUUUCAACCUCUUACAUGUGGACUCAGCCGUGUUUGUGUAAAUAUGUUAACAGUGUGGACUCCAUCAGUCAGAGUGGAAUGCCUGGCCUGGAGGCAGCAGAGCCUCUGUGAAUGUUCCAGAGGAAACACAUUUUCCGUCGGGGUUGUCUGCGUCUGGGUUUUGUGUUAGCCCAGCAGUGGUAUGUGUACGGUGGUGUUUGAACCUGUGUGCACCUUCCAUAGGCUGUCACAUUCCCCAAGCCGCUGCUCCAGGGCCUGGGGGCAGCGUGUUCUUUGUGGUUCAAUAAGGAUGGUAACAACAAUAAUAAUACCUGUUCUCCACUUUGCUCUUUGCUUGCAAGAAAAGAUAUCCAUCUUUCUAGAGUUCUUUCUUUUUUUUGGAAGAAGAAAAAUUAAAAUACAUAUUCACAUUUUAAUACUGCUGUAGGUAGGACAGACUUUGCUUUUCUCCUGAGUAAAACAAAUAUUUAAAAGAUGAAUCCCUUUUUGAAGUCAUCCCCGUGCUAAGUUUCGUUUUUUGUGUGGACUGUGGAAAGACACGACCUUGCUGGGCUCUGUGGCAGGAUGCUUCCCGGUCGUGUUUUUCCUUCCUGUCUUGGCUUUUUUCUUCUUUAAAAUGAAAAAGCAGCUUCCUUGUGCCAAGCUGCUGAGCCAUGUCCCUCGGUGGGCUGCAGGGCAGAGGGGACAUCUGGGGGACCGAGCUGAGCUUGGGCCUCCUCGUUUUCACCCAGGGCGUCGUCGGGAGCGCAGACAGCUGAGUUUGGAAGUUGGCGGCCGUCGAUCAUCUUCCUGGUUCUCCUGUCAGCCUUUGGUCGGGUCACUUCGUCCCUUGAUUUUCCUUCUCUCUUGGUGGUUUCGUUUCCCCCUCUUUUUUUUUAAGAAUUUGUAUUACCUUUUCUAAUUAACUUGUCUUGUGUUAUGUUCCUCCUCAGUCUACAAGAAGGGAAAGCCUUUUGUAAACUUCCCCACACAUUCGAAACGGGGAUGCCUUGGUGACCUUCCACCAUUAAGGACCUUUUAGCUUAUGUCACGAGGCCAUCGAAUUAGGGCCUUGGAAAUAGCAGCCCACCUUCUUCCCUUUCACGGGGGUCCUUGGGUGUUGCUCCUUCGGCCCGGGUCCCAGAUUCCCCUAGAUGGAAAGCUGCGGUGGGCCUUUUCCCAGAAGACUGUGAGACAGGGCACUGCAGGAACCUGGCUGGUGUUGCGGUGUUUCUCUCGAGUAUAUUUCAAGCACAAAAAUCAUAUUUUUCUGAUAGAAAUGUUUUUUCUGUAUGGUCUUUGUGGCUGACUGUGGGCAAAUUGUUGAAUGUAGUUUUCUUUCUGGAGUCCUUGUGCUCCAGACUGGAGCAGAUUUGGAAAUCACUCGGGCCUGGUUUCCAGAAAUGUCUUACAUUAAAAGGCUUCCAGAAUUUAGCUGAAGCUGCUACUGACUUAGAAUCCUGAUGAAGUGAAGCGAUAUGACUAGAUUUAUAGCUGGUGUGUGUGUGUGUGUGUGUGUGUGUGUGUGUGUGUGUCUGUGUGUGUGUGUGUGUGUGUGUCUGUAUAUGUGUGUUUGGGGGUGGGGGAUGCAACUAAGAAAAGCAUUUUUCCUGAUUUGUCCUGCUCUCAGCUCAUCAUAUAUACAUAUAUACGCGUGUAUAUAUGUAUAUAUAUAUAUGUAUGUAUGUAUAUGUUGCUGAUUCUUGAUGUUCUAAUGGAAGGGACUGGAGUGGGGUGGGGAACGGAGCCCACAAAAGAAAUGAAGUCAAGAAUGGUGCUAGGAAGUGCCAAAAAAUGCCCCAGGAAGAUAACUUAGCUUAAGGUAAGAUUGGAAAAUAACAAAUGUUCAUCAUUCAGUCAAGCAAGCAACUGUCAGAGGGCAGAAGCCCAAAGUGCAGCCGGUUGGAGAAGAUAUGCCACUGAUGUAUGUGAAGGGCAGGAAAUGGGGACAGCUCCUGGGCUGGGGUUGAGGUCUCGAGUGAGUAGAGAGGCUUCCUGGGCAUCCCACAUUCCUGCCAGGAGCCGGCCUCUUCUCCCUGUGACUCGCUCCUGGGUCUGUUGUGGGUGUCGGGGGAGGGGGGGCGGGGGCUGCAGCCCCCUCGGGUCCCUCGGCCUGGCUCUGACGCAGCCGGAGGAAGGUCGGUGACUUUAACAGUAGAGUGUUGUUCCGGAUCAUAUUGAUCUCUCCUUUUUGUUCCCUUUCACCGUAUGACUUGAAUCCGUCUCGAUUCUCUUGGUAAGUGUUUUUUCCCCGUAGUUAGUGCGUCCCAUAGAGAGUCAGAGCCUUGGCUGCUGGCCCUCCUUCAGGUCACAGCUGAGAUGGCCUGGUGAUCCUGUUCACUUCUCUUGUUGCAUGAUCCGGUAAUGGCAUUCUCUGCUAGGUUAAUUUUCUGUGUUUGUAAGGUGUGCGUAUAUGCUUUACAGAAUAAAAACAACUGAGUUUA